GUUUGACAAGCUUCUUUGCAGAUUGUGAGUCUUUGGCUUCUGCUUGAAAGCGUAAAGGAAAAGCUCAGCUGGUUUCUCUGUGGAUGUCUUCUUCUUUUCACGUAGGUGCAGAAAUGGAAGCAGCCACGUCUAACUUGCAGCACACUUUUGGGCUGGGCCCUCGGGGUCCACACCCGAACCCCAAGCUGGGAGGGGAGCAGGCGGCUCCUGGACCGCCUCGUCCUGAAGAGCAGCACCACAAGCCGUUCUUCUACAUCCAGCCGGCGCAGCCAUACCUGCCCAUGCAGGGUGUGCAGUGGCCUGUGGCCAUGCCUAUGCCCAUGUCCUACAACCCGUACUAUGGCUACCCUGGCUUAGGGUUUGGCCUGCCAAUGAUGCCCCACUACCAGCCAAACCCCUACAUGGAGUCCCCUGGCUUUGUGGUUCCCCAUACCCACCUCCAUUUGAUGGACUACAGACGCAUGCUCAACUCUCAGUACUACCACACCAUGGCCUACCACGCCCGCAGGUUUCGCUACCAACACAACUCUGCGUCCAAAGAAAUGACCAGCUGUGAGGUUCAGACUGACCCACUCCUCUCAGCUCACAGGACCGGCACCCAAAGGUCCAACAACUGCUCUCCCAACAAUGUCCCCCGGUGUCUCUGCUGGUCAGCUACAGUCACCAGCUCUGGCUGUACAAAUGGAGGCUCGUCCUUCAGUACUCCACGAGAAAACGCCGUCUUCCACCGCAGGGACACCAGCGAAGAGCAGCUUUGUGAUUCAAACUGAGGAAGUGAGGAUUGAAUGCUGCGCUACGCCAGGAGGACUCCAGCUCCUGCACGCUCGUGAGGCUGCAGAAAUGUCCCGCAGCUUCUCCCAGGACCGGGUCCAGUGUAGGUCUCUUAACCAGAGCGGUGUCCUGCCGGAUGAGGGGCUCGCUCUGCCAACAGACCCGUCUGAGCAGGAGCUCAAAGUUUGCCCAGACAUCCUGAUGGUCGGGACGCCGAACAACGGGGAGAAUACCCUGUCCCUAGUGGAGCCCAGCAACCAGAUGGAUCUUCGGACCGCAAACGAGGCGGAGGAGAAUAGAAGUGAUCGAGAGUUGAGCGUGACCUCAAAGAGCUUUCACUACAAAGUUGUAAACGUGCCGUUUGAUCAAACCUAUUUGGACGAACUAAGGAAGAUGGAGUCCGCGGUCUGGUCAGGAGAGGAGACUUUCAUGACGUCCCCUGUCCAAAACACCUUUGUGACUGCUUCCAAUAAAACACUGAAUGCUUCACUGGAGGCAAACGUACAGGAGAUGAUAACGUCGACGGAGGCUCCUGCAGAGGAAAUCGCCCCAGUGGCAGAGAUGCCUCCACCGGCUGUGGCUGAACUAGAGGAAAUGGUCCCUGCUGGGAGAAGCAUUGAGAUGUCUGAAGGUAACAUCUGCCCUGCUGCAGAUGACGCUCCACCGUCUGAGCCAACAAACAAAGCAGAGAUAACUUAUAUCCUUCCGUUGGACAAUUCCCUGCUGGAGUCGGACAGAGAGCAGCACCAGCUGGAAACUACAAAUGACCAGGAACGUCAGGACACCUCCUUUGAAUCUUUGCCAGCCUACCUCCCCUCCACCAGCUGGUUUUCUGACUUUGACCAUAGCUACUACGGCAGGAAGAUGCCGCUAGCUCCGCUAAAGCAGAACAGACCAGUGAAUCUCUAUAAUCUUGACGUCUCUAAAAGGAGAAGGCUGCUAGACAUGGAUUAUAAAGAACAGCCUAACAUCCGUAAACCAAAAGAGGGGUACAAACCCAGAGGCAAAGCGGACCGCCAAAGUCUCUCUGACCACGAGUGCUGCCUGAGCCGAAACUUUGAGAACACGUUAAGCUCUCGCAGGUCCAGGAACGAGCGACUCUGUACCAGAUGCACGACAAAACGUAGGAUAAGCACAUCUCCUAGUUCGGUGUGCGAGGGCCGAAGCUUAAAAAGGAAAGCGGCUCCCAUCCAGCAGUGGAAUAACGUCCUUUUACCCACCUGUGAAGCCUGCAAGUCUCACACAAACAGGCAGGUCGUGAGAAAAGGUUCCAAUCCAGAUCUUUGUUCUGCCCAUUAUGGACUCGACACGGAGGGCGACUCUUCUGGGAACAGCUCAUGCUGGGCAGGACCCAAAUGGAGGGCAGCUGACGGCUCAAAACUUCAGGACGUCAAAAGGCCGCUGGCACCCAGACAGAUGGUAGCCAAGAGUCCUGUAGCAGUCCAUGCGAUGCUCAGGGAGAGGAACUGUGUGCACAACGAUCUGCAGAACCAGUCGGUUGGCCGGGAAAGGCUGCACCAUUGUCCACAUGGGAACACCAUCCGAGAGAUUGACGAGAACUGCGGCGCGCCAGUUCCCCUCAAAGAAAGAUGGAGGAGCCUGGAUCAGAUGUACCUGACGCACAGACGGCAAACAGCAGAAUCAUGGAGGGAGGCAACGCCCAGCGCUUACAAUGGCCGCUUCUUGAAGGAAGCCAACUCGCAACACUUGAUCAAUCACAAGAAAACACAACCACUGUCACAAGGAACCUGCACAAAAGAAACAAGAUGCUGAUUUGCACAAGAGCACAACUCACCGAAUUAACACCACUGUUUUUAAAUGAUCAACACUUAAAUUAAAUAUUUGUCACUUUAUUUAUAUAUGUAAAUAAUCACAAUGUUCACUAUUUAUUCAUCUUAAAAUAAACACAGAUUUAAUCGUUUUUGCAACAA